CCCGUACGCCGCCGACGCCGAAAACGCAGCAUACAACCUGUUGAAGGCGGACAACGAAAGGAUGGGGUUCUUCCAUGCACCACGGCAUGUAGGGAGACCCCAAGCAGACUUUUUCGACAAUAUGCUUUAUCCUUUGCGUAAUUCAGCCAAUGCCUGCCGGAACAGCCAAGUUGGAUGGUUUUUACGCAAGCCUGACUGGACAAAGAUCAGGCUGCAGCCGUUGGAGAAGAACCUGUACGUGGAGCACCCGGCCACGACAAGCCGGUCAAUGGCCAAAGUGAACGCCUACAGAAACGUCAACGGUAUAUCGCUGAAAGGGAACAACGUCCCUAAGCCCAUCCUUGCUCUGGAAGAAUCCAACUUCCCGGACUUCAUCGUCAAGAGCAUCGAGGCUUCACGCGGCCACGCUUCGCCCACGUGCAUCGAAGCACACUGCUGGCCCAUCGCUCUCACGUGCAGGAACUUUCUGGGCAUCGCGGAGACGGGAUCACACAAGACGCUCGCCUACCUCCUGCCGGCAGUUAUCCACGUCAGCCGGCAGCCGCCCCUGCAACAGGGAGAUGGGCCCAUCGCCGUCGUGAUGGCUCCGACACGAGUGCUGGCCAAGCAGAUUCAAACCGUAGCCUUAGAAUUGGGUGGGCAUGCUGCAUUGCGAAGCGUGUGCGCCUCGAGCGGGGAGCCCAAGGAAGGUCAGUACGACGAGCUGAAGAGGGGCUGCCACAUCUGCGUGGCCACGCCUCGACGCCUCAUCAACUUCCUCGAAGAAGGCAAACUGAAUCUGUACCGCUGGAAGUACCUCGUGUUAGACGAGGUAGACCGCAUGCUGGCAAUGGGUUUCAAGCCCCAUGUCCUCAAGGUUGCCGAGCUCUGCUGGCCGGACCACCAGACGAUAAUGUGGGUCACAUCCUGGCAAAACGAGCUCAGGCCCUUUGUCGACGAUCUGCUCUACGACUACAUCGAAAUCGAGUUCGGAAUGACACAGCUGCCCGCUGAAAACAGCAUGGAAAUGACCGUCGACGUGUGCCAAGAGGCAGAGAAGGAAGCAAAGCUAGCCCAGCUCUUGGACGACGUGCUCAAGGAGAAGUCAAACAAAGCCGUUGUCUUCACCGACACGAAGAGGAAGGCAGACGAGCUUGCGUGGAAACUGCGACUCCGUGGCUGGUCCGCCAUUGGCCUUCACGGCAUGAAGACGAAAAAGGAGCGCGAUUGGAUCGUUUCCAUGUUCCGGACUGGUGCGUCAAGCCUGCUCGUGACGACGGACAAGGUCGCACAUGACUUGCUCCUCGAGAACGUGUGCUUGGUGGUGAACUACGACUGCCCGGACUGCUCGGAGCUCUACGCGCGAAGGUCGAGCCACGUCGCGCGCUCAGGUGAACCACGUCUGGUUCACACGUUCAUCAUUCCGACCCAGCAGCCGUAUGCCACAAAACUGAUAGCAAUUCUGGAGGAUGCCAAGCAGCCCGUUAAACCAAAGCUGUACCGUAUGGCAAAGAAAGCUCGUUCUAAACGAUGACGCGUUUUACGCCGGCGGUCGACGAGGUGCCCUGGGUGACGGCGGCCCAAGGAAUGAACUCGGUGUGUUGAAGAAAGCUUCUAAAAUUGCCAGCCUUUGCUCAACUGGUUCUAGAGGCAGCAGUCUUUUUGCUUAGUCUGUGCGAAGUGAAAAUUAUAUAACUGCAUAUAAACUUCAGUCUUUUUGUUUUAAGUGUAAUUUUUAUUAUCUCUAAUAAUAGAAAGAUUGUGCACUAAUGUGAAUAACAAAAUUUAAAUUAAA